GCUGUGAGAGUGACUACUGGGGACCUCACUGCAGUAAUCGUUGCCAGUGCCGAAAUGCAGCUAAAUGUAACCCUAUAACAGGAGCCUGUGUUUGCACCGACGGGUACCAAGGGUGGCGAUGUGAAGAUCCCUGCGAAAAUGGCUAUUAUGGCAAGGGUUGCCAAUUGCCCUGCCAGUGUCUCAAUGGUGCAACGUGUGACCAUGAAACAGGAGAGUGCAUCUGUGCACCAGGUUACACAGGAGCUUUCUGUGGGGAGCGGUGCCCCUCCGGCAGUCAUGGACCACAGUGUGAACAGCGCUGCCCCUGUCAGAAUGGAGGAACAUGUCAUCACAUUACCGGCGACUGUUCUUGCCCUGCUGGGUGGACGGGUUCAGUGUGCGCUCAGCCCUGCCCUCUGGGCAAGUAUGGCAUCAACUGCAGCAAAGACUGUUCGUGUCGCAAUGGCGGACUGUGUGACCAUGUGACAGGAAAGUGCCAGUGUGCAGCUGGAUUCAGCGGACGCAGAUGUCAAGAGGACUGUCCUGUGGGCACCUACGGUCCACAGUGCAACCAUAGGUGUGAGUGCCAGAACGGUGCAAAGUGUCAUCACAUCAAUGGAGCAUGUCUGUGUGAAACAGGCUUUAAAGGCCCUAAUUGUCAAGAGAGAUUCUGCCCCCCGGGUCUUUAUGGCCUCAUCUGUGACAAGUAUUGCCCUUGUAAUACCACAAACACUGUCAGCUGCCAUCCACUAUCUGGUGAAUGCACAUGUUCACCAGGAUGGACAGGACUUUACUGCAAUGAGACCUGCCCUCCUGGGUUCUACGGAGAAGGAUGCUAUCUGUCUUGUAGCUGCACCAACGGAGCAGACUGUCAUCCUGUCACAGGCGUCUGUACCUGUGCCCCUGGCUUCAUGGGUGAGGACUGCUCUACAGUGUGUCCGCCUGGACUUUUUGGGCCAAGCUGCAUGUCCACCUGCUCCUGCAACAACCAAGCAUCAUGUUCCCCGGUCGAUGGCUCCUGUAUUUGCCGAGAAGGCUGGCAGGGUGUGGACUGCUCCAUUCCUUGUUCCAGUGGUAUGUGGGGUCUGGGAUGUAAUCAGACAUGCUUAUGCAGUAACGGAGCUGCAUGUGACCCUGUGGACGGCACCUGUGCUUGUUCUCCUGGCUGGAGAGGGGAGCACUGUUACGAGUCAUGUCCUGAUGGCACCUAUGGACUUGACUGCCGUGAGCGGUGUGACUGCAGUCACGCUGACGGGUGCGACCCUGUGAGUGGCCACUGUCGUUGCUACCCAGGCUGGACAGGAAUCCACUGUGAUAAUGUGUGCCCACAAGGCUUCUGGGGACCCAACUGUUCAGUCAGCUGUUCCUGUCAGAACGGAGGGUCCUGCUCUCCUGAGGACGGUUCAUGUGUGUGUGCACCUGGAUACAGAGGGACCUCCUGCAAAAGAAUCUGCUCUCCAGGGUUCUAUGGGCACCGCUGCAGCCAAACGUGCCCGCAGUGUGUGCACAGCAUCGGCCCAUGCCAUCACAUUACCGGUCACUGUGAGUGCCUCUCUGGCUUUACGGGCUCCCUGUGCAACCAAGUGUGUCCAAGCGGCAGGUACGGCAGGGCUUGUGCAGAGAUCUGCCUCUGCACCAACAAUGGCACCUGCAACCCCAUAGACGGUUCCUGUCAGUGUUUCCCCGGUUGGACAGGACAGGACUGCUCUCAGGCCUGUCCCUCUGGGCAUUGGGGCCCUGAUUGUCUCAACUCGUGUAAUUGUCACAAUGGAGCCCAGUGCAGUGCCUAUGACGGGGAGUGCAGGUGCAGCCCUGGCUGGACUGGUCUCUACUGCACACAGCGCUGUCCUUCAGGGUUUUAUGGAAAAGACUGCGCCGAAGUGUGCCGCUGCCAAAACGGUGCAGACUGCGACCACAUCACGGGCCAGUGUGUUUGCCGAACCGGCUUCAUUGGGACGGGCUGCGAGCAGAAGUGUCCUGCUGGUACAUUUGGAUAUGGCUGCCAACUGCUGUGCGAGUGCCUGAACAAUGCUACCUGUGACUAUGUGACUGGAACAUGCUACUGUAGCCCUGGAUAUAAAGGCAUCCGCUGUGAUCAAGCAGCUCUGAUGAUGGAAGAGCUAAACCCAUACACCAAAAUUAGCCCUGCGCGUGGUUCAGAACGCCAGUCUGCAGGGGCUGUCAUGGGCAUCAUCUUUCUCCUCCUCAUCCUCAUGGCCAUGCUUAGUGUGUUUGUGUGGUACAGACAGAGACAAAGGGACAAGGGCCAGGAGAUCCAACCCAGUGUGUCCUACUCACAGGCAAUGCACAUUAACAACACUGACUACUCUCUUUCUGAGUGUGGCAGUACUGUUGCGAUGAGGACCAGCGCCUCAGAGAUUGGUCCGAACCAGAACAACACCAGCAGCUCUGGCCAAUGCUUCUCCAACCCCAGUUACCCAACUGUAGCUCAGUGCAAUGUGGUCUCAACAAUUUCAAGCAACCUGGAUGGGACCCUGACACUCAAAUCAAGUACCCUGAAGAGCCGAAACCCCUCAGAAUGGAGAACCUUCUGCAACCUUAAUGACAUAGAAGUUCAGCAGAAUGAGGCACAGCCACAAAGAGCAUCAAGAAAAGAUUACAUAAAGAGCUCCAUGUGCAACAACAGCCCCUGCUCCCUGAGUAGUGAUAAUCCAUAUGCCACUAUCAGAGACCCACCCGGGCUGGCGUGCAAGCAUACAGAGAGCAGCUAUGUGGAGAUGAAGUCCCCCUCCCACCGUGAAGUCCCCUUUGGAGGAACCGCCACACUCCUGGCCACUGUGAGCAGGAACGUCUACGAUGUUGAGCCAACCGUGAGUAUCCUGCAAGGACCCAAUGGAAUGGCCACAGGUUUCUCCCAGGGUUCCUAUGACCUGUCCUGUGGCAGCCAUGUCCCCAGCCACUACGACAUUCUGCCAAUGCGUCACAGUCCCACACAUACACCCCCAGCAGCUCCAGAAAGCCCCAGUUCCUUGCUUUAAAGCAAACACCCUCCACCUGGCCAGGACAACUUUCAGCCAAUGGCUCUCCCUUUGUCUCUGUAUGUGUCCGAUUAGGUGCUGAUAUUCUGAGAAGGAGAGACAGCCACAACUCCUUCAGCGCUCUUCGGCUCCCUUCCUGUGACCCUGAGGGAGAGUGAGGGGGAGAGAAAAUGUGUCUCAAACACCAGCGACCGUUAGCCCGUUUUAUUUUGUCAUGAAGCCGGCCACUCAGACUGCUGCCUGGCCUUUAUAUGGACCUCCUGAUGUGGACUGUUCCAUACAUUCAUGAGAGGAGGACACAUGCACUGAGUGGAAGGUUUAUUUACAGGGAGAGCUAUCAUCACACUGAUUUUUAUGCCAUAAUAUGUGUUUAUUAUAAAUGAACAGCCAAGUGUAAAGUCCCUCUAAACCAAAAUUAUUUUCCCGGAGAGAGAGAAGGAAGCAUAAAGAGAAGUUCUGCUCAUCAAACCCAGAAAUGAAGGAACAUUUCCAAUCUAAAUGUUAGAAAUGGAGACGGGACUGAAAAGCAGUUGAAGCAAGCAUGGGUAAAAUAGAAAGUCAUUAUAAUGGUUCUGUAUUUGCUGUUAUCCAGUAAUGAUCACAGUCAUAUUACUAAUGUAAGCUAAUUUUUGUUGUUAAUGAGGUCAUGUUUAUCUAGACAUGCUUUCAGGUCACAGCGUUCAUGCAUUUAUUACAUUGAGACUUACAAACACAGAAUCGGUCUAAUGUUUGACCUUUUUUCCACUCGUUAAUGAAGUGUUUUAAUCUUGUGUUGAUUUCCAUGUAAAGACGUUUUUUUCUUAAAAAUGUUUUGGUUUCUAUUUAAAUGUUAUUGGAUGCUUUGAUCUUUUAUGUUUUGUAUUUGUAAAGAUUUUUUGGGUUUACAUGUUAAUUUAUAUUAUUGAUGAUUUCCUUUAAGUCAAUGUGGUUAUAAUAAUAAUAAAAAAAAAGAUGAGCAUGAUCAGAUAAUGAUACCCACGGAUGUAGAUAACACAUGAUUUAUCUUCUUGUGAGAUUAGCUGUGUCAUUUUGUGAGCUGUUUUUGAAGUCACUAAAAAAAUAUUCUCUCUGUCAAAUUGUAGAUUAAAAAUAACUUUUCAUCUGACCAAUUUAAGACCCUAAAACCUUUAUGAAGAGGAUUCAUGUGUGACAGAUAUCCAUCUCAAAAAAAAUCUUUUUAUUGUCCUGGGGGGCUAAUAAUUUAUUUUUUUAAUCUAGUAGACGGAAUUUGCUGAAAUCCAUUUCAACCCUCUGUUGAAGCAAUAACAUGUUGACAAUCGAUGCACAGAUAGCAUUUCGGAGUUGCCGGACAUUAUCUCAUCUAUGAUCAGCGAAGUAACAAAUGAACACACCUGUUUGUCCUUCUGAGACCUUUUUUCCUAGUUUCUGUCACAUAAAUCUGGUUGUGGUUUUGGUAUUUAAGUUUGUUUCUGAUUAAAUACCUCCUCUGUCACCAGAAACCUGUCUCACUCAGAUUAAUGCACUGAAUAAGAACAAAUAAAUUAACUUGAUAAAUGUAGCUAAUGUGCUAAUUUAGGUUCGGGAGCAAAACCACGCCUCAGCCACGCCUUUAAUCACUUAGCGAGUCUACUUGUGGCUGGCUCUCACAUGCAGCGCACUUUGUCUUCUGCUCUCGACACCGCGCUCCCUCCCUCUCAUUGCUUUCUCUCUCCUCAUUCUCCUCUGCUUUUUUGUUCCUGCUCUAAACAUCUUUCAUUCAAAGAAGUCCUCAACAUAUCUCUAUAUGAUUCUCUUCAGCUUGUAAAUCUUCCUUACUAUCAUCAUCCAACCUUGUUUCCUUCCAAUCUUCCAACUAUUCUUCAUCAUCCCUUUAUUAACCCUUUCCAUCCUCUGCAUCCCUG